UCUGAAAAGAAAACAAACGGACCGACCGACGAAAUAAAAAUAAACAAUGAUUUAAUGUUAAUAGAAUAAAUUUUUAUUUAUUUGCAUGUCGUUAGAAAAUUUCUUAAAAUAAGAACUUAAAUUGAACAUGAAUACCUUACGUUUAUUUCGAAAUAAUCUGUUUGUUAUUAUAAAGAGGCAUGAUUUGAAUUCCAAUAAAACCUCAUCUCUACCUCAUAAUUGCAUUCAUUUCGGUGCUAUAUCAUCACUUCACACUUCCAAUGUUUGUCAUAAUUCAUCUCGAAUUGGUGAAAUAGACUCUUACGAUGCUAAGCCACCACAGAGAAAAUAUAGAAAACCAGUUGAUUGGUUACCUUUUCCCUGGCAUAGGCGACCUAGAUAUAAUAUAUAUGAGCAAAGUGGUGAUACAAUAAAGGAAAAUUCUAUUGAUCUGUCACUACCAAAACCUGAUUUUGAACUCUCUGAUGAAUUAAAAAAUGCUGAUGAGAAAGUUAAGCAGUAUUUCUCUCUUCAAACAGCAUCACAUGGUGAAAUAAAAGAAGUUUGCAGAAGACAAUUAUUACAACGUAUUCAACGUCAUCCUAAUGAUUUUGACUCACUUGAAGUGAAAAUUGCAUUGAAGACUAUUCAAAUUAGAAGUCUUUUUCAACACAAAGAAAAACUUGGAAAAUGGGAAAUUCGAAAUAGUAAGGUUGUAUUGCCAAUAUUAAUUCAGAAACGAAAUAAACUUCUGAAACAAUUGCGAGAAAUGGACAAUGACAGAUAUUUAUGGCUGCUGGAAGAAUUGAAAUUGUACUACAAACCAAAUCCUUUAAGUGUGAAACUUGAAAUGUACUGUAAAAAAUGGGAUCUUCGAAAGUUGACUAAAGAAUACUGUCAAAAGAUGAUUGCUGAUAAAAAGGCUGCAUACCAUGAGGAACUAAAAAAACAGCAAGUUGAAUUCUUGGAGGAAAAGAAGCAGAUAUUAGCUUGGAUUGAAGAAGAAGAGAAAGCAUUAAAUGUUAAACAAUAAAAUUAUUUUGUUGAUAAUUGGUGUCUUUUAUAUUGGUUUCAUCUCAUAUGUGAAAUAAAAUAUUUAAAACUC